AUGGAUGAUACCAUACAAGAACAAAAUUCUCAACCCAUUCAAAUUUCGUCGCCAAUGUUUAUAACACCCAUUAUACCGCAACAAGAACUCGUCACAUCAUCUUUGCCUGUCCCUGAUUCUAGUGAACCGAAUCAUAAAAAUCAGUUGUCUACAGAAGAAACUGUAGAAUCAUCAUCAAGUUUUAAAAUACCUCUCUUACCUGUGAAUAUCGAGUCUUCAACAGUUAGUUCUGCGGCACCAUUAACUCCGUAUAGAAAUAUACAAUAUGAAGAGCCACGCUCAUCAGGUUUGCCAUCUGAUGAGUAUGCUCUAGAGGUAUUACGCAACGGCACUAUUAUCGAUCAUCAAUCUUUAUCGAAGCGUCCUUAUACUGUGUUUGGUCGGUCACCAGACAGUGAUGUUUUGUUAGAACAUCCAACAAUCAGUCGCUAUCAUGCUAUCAUCCAGUAUAAAUCUGAGUACGAACAUGGUCAAGUAUCGGGACUUUAUCUUUACGACUUAAAUUCGACGCAUGGCACGUUUGUUAACAAGAAGAGAAUUCAGCCAAGAAUUUAUACACGAUUGAAAGCGGGCUACGUUAUUAAAUUUGGACAGUCAACAAGAAUAUAUGUUUUACAAGGGCCAUCGUCGGAUGUUGAUAACGAGGAUGAUUUAACUCAUGAACAAAUGAAACAUUAUCAUGCUAAACGUGCUAAAUUAUUAUCAAUUGUGAGAGCAAAACGUGAUCAAAUGAAAGAUAUAACAGAUGAUAGUAGUCAUGAAGUUGAUUGGGGUAUUACAGAUGACGACGAAAUAUUAGCAAUGGAACAAGAACAAAAACAACAACAACAACAACAACAACAACAACAACAGCAGAAUGAUGAAGAAAAGAAGAAAACCACAAAUUCACCAGUCAAAUCAAAACCGCUGAGUCAAGAAGCAGCGGGUGAUAGUGCGGUAUUGAAAGAAAUCAUUUCUAAAGUGGAUGAUCCUGAAGACGAAGCGGCGAAAAAGGAGCCGUUUUAUUUGAAAGAUCCAAAAAAAGCAUUACAAGCAUUCUUCGAUCGUGAAGGAUGUGAUCUUGUUUAUGAUGUUGAAGAUAGACAAUUUGGCUCAUAUUACUGUACAAUUAAAUUACCAAUUAUUGAUGAAUACGGUCAUACAGUAGUUGCUGAAUGCGAAGAUAAACACUGUAAAAAACGAGAAAUAAUUAAUCGUUGUAUAUUGGAAGCAUGUCAAAUUUUGGAUGAAUAUGGAGUUCUACGAGAAGGCACGGCCGUACUUACUCAAAAGCACCAGCAGCUGAAACGACAAUUGUUGGAAGAAAAUGAUUUUUAUGAGGACGAAGAAGAUUCGUUUUUUGACAGAACAGGUGAAUUGGAAAAGAAAAGGAUAAAACGAAUGCAACGCCUUGGUAAUGUUCCUGAACAAGUAGAAACAUUUGAUAGUUUAAGAGAGAAAUUAAGAAAUUUAUACAGAGAACAAAGAAAAAUACAGCAGCAAUUAGAUAAAGGAAAACAAAAAAGUGAUAAUCGAGCGGCAGCAUCAACAGACAAAGAAACCGAUGAAUUAGAUCAGUAUAUCAAACAAUUAAAACAGGGUGAAACAAUCAACAUGAGAUUGAAGUGGCAAUUGAGAAAAAGACUAUUAGAAUUAGAACAAGAUGAAAAAAAGUUUGAAAGAUUGUUGAAAAUAUGUAAACCAGCUGAUUUCAAUUUUCAAAUAUGGAAACAAGAUAUACUGGAUGCAACUAAACAUGAAGAUUCCAUUCCCGUUAAAGUAAAGCCAGUUGAACAACAACAACAAAUGCAACAUAUUCCUAAUGCACCAACGAUCCAGGUAUCUGCAGACAAGACUGAAGCUGUCGAAACAAUUCCUACGAAACAAAAGCGACCACAACAAAAUUUAAUCGGUAUCAGUGAUUCAAAAAAAUCUCUACCAUCCGAAAAUUCAUCGCUAUCGUCAAAAUCGAAUAAGAAAAGAAAAGAGUUUGAUUCAAAAGAUCAAAUUGACGAUAGUGAGCACUAUACAGACUCUAAUUAUGCCGAGUGGAUGCCCCCUUCAUCACAGUCGGGCGAUGGCACGACUAUAUUAAACGAAAAAUAUGGCUACUAA